AUGAUCAACUCCCUAUCUAGAAGAUAUAUGCACUCUGAUGCUACAAAAUUAUCUUCUGCAAAUUACAAAGAUAUUAUACAAUACCAAGAUAUGAAAUUCAAGCCUCUGGAUCAAUUAAGAAAGAGAUUCCAUGUAUUAACUUCUUGUUUAUAUCAGAUUUGGAGAGAACAGGAGGUGGGAAGGGUUGAAUGGAACUAUUCAGCUGUCCCACUUUAUUAUUCAAAUACAAAUAUUAUAGAUAGACAGGAUAUAUCUAAAACCCUAUCAGAGUGUAACAUUAUUACUGAAAAAAGUCCUAAAGGCUUAAAAAGUGAAGAAUUACAUGCAUUUUAUAAGAAUGAGGCUAAGAGAGAUGAAAAAAUUAAAGCAGAUAUAUCCU